AGAUUGUUCACACUGACCAUCAAGCUAAGUGAAGCAUGGAUUAUAAACAGAUUCCCGUGGACGACUGGACUGAAAUGCAUGUGUGCGAGUGGCUGAAAUCAAUUAGACUAAAAGAAGAAUAUAUUUCUAAACUCAGUGAGGAGGAAGUAACUGGUCCAGUCCUGAAAAAAAUCCAAGAGAAUGAUUUAAAAGAAAUGGGCAUGAAAAGAGGGCAAGUAAAAUUAUUAAUAAUUAGUAGAAAUGAACUUCUUGAACAAAUACAACAGGAAAGGUCACCAAGGAAAACUAAAAAACACGGAAGCACGACUCACAAAACGUCUACAGAAAGAGCUCCAGAGGAAAUGGAAAAUAAAUGUAGUGCAAAUUCCCACCCAUCCACACAAUCAUUGAAAACAAGCCCUUUCCGGCCCUUUGAUGAAGUUGGGAAUUUUAGAUAUGUGAAAAACCAGGUACUACCACCAGAAACUGGUAUAAUAGACCUAAUUUCACCAUGCCAUGAGUACAAAUCAUUAGCUAAUGCUGUAACAUUAGAUAAAAAACUACUACAGACAAAGUUUACUUCUGAGGUCGUCCGAUUUGCUGCUGCAUGCUUGAAUGUGAGAACAAAUGGAACCAUACACUUUGGUAUUAUGGACAGUGUGGAAGACAAGGGAUAUAAACAUGGACAGAUAGUUGGCAUUCCGAUCCAAGAGAAAGAGUUAUACUCCGAUGCACUAAAUAAUUUAAAAGAAUGCUUCCCAGAGCCCUAUGAGUACGCGGCAGCCAGACUGUGCAUCCGACCGCCACAAUUUGUUGAGGUUAUUGAUAAAGACUCAGACGAAAAACUAUUUGUGGUGGAAGUUGACAUUGUUCCUUUAUCAUGCAGUGUAAAAGGGAAAAAAUUUCAAGUGCGAUUGCCCAAGUACAACAACAAUAAAACAAAUUAUGGCAAGCUAACAAUUUAUGAAAGGAAUGGAACAAAGACAGAACCUGUUAAAAUAGAAGAGGAGUUAAAUGCAUUUGAACAAAGGCAAAGAGAAGCUGAUAUCAGGAGAGAAAAGGCUGAUUCGCUCGAUUCUUUUGAAAUGGAAAGUUACGAAGACUUAGGAAGAAAGCUUUCGGUGCUGCUAACUAAAGGGAAGCAGUACUUUGAUGACACUCAGUGGUAUGUCGUAGUCUCCAACAAAUGUGAAGAACAAGAUUUAGAACAUUUGAAGUUUCUAAAGGACAUUAAUAUAUUGUGUGUUUUUGAAUUUGAUCCAGAAUCUGACAGUAAAGGUCUAUGUUCAAGGUACAAGGAGUACCACGCAACAAAUAUUUACUCACUGGAAAGCUACUCUAGUGAAUGUGGAAAGACGAAAGAUGAGAUUGUAAAAAACCUAGGUUUGUUCAAACAAACAUGCUGGAUAUUUUGCAAUGGACGCACAAACUUCCUCGGAGAUGACCAGCCAUGUGAUGAACAUACAUGGAUCCGUAAUAAAGGGAGAUACUUUAAAAGGGCGGUUUCUUUGAUCUGUGAUGAAAUAAUUAAAAGGGGCUGCUUCACUGUCCUCUUUCUGUUAUUGUCUUCAGUGGAAAAGCCAAUCGUUGAGGCUUUUAAUGAAUUUUACAGAGAAAUGAGUGGCCUGGAAUACAUCACUUGCAUUGCUGAAAAUAAAGACCACUAUGAGCACUGGACCACUCUGGCACAGAAUUCCUGUACCAGGGAAGAACUUGAUCAGAGGAGUAUUGUUGGUAUGAAGCUAAGCCAUGUUGCUACAACGGUUCAAAAAAUGCUACCAACAACAGAUUACCUUAGAAACCUCCCAGUCUUCACAGGAGGGUUCUGUAUUUUAACCGUACCUGAAGAAGAAAGGAUGCAUUCACUUAAUAUACUUUGUGUGAAUGAAUGUAGUAACAUAAAUCAGGAAAAAAUUGACAAAAAAGAAUUACAUGAAUUCGAAAGUUUUUUUUAUCGUGGUGGGAAGAUUAGCUGGAAACAUUUCUGGCUUGCUGAACAGAAGAAAUGUGGGCAAAUUAUAGAACGACAUGGAUGCCAAGAAGUGGAAGAUAUAUUAAAUAAUAUUUUAAACAAAAACACUGUAAAGCUUCCUGUUGCUCGAAUCAAGAUUGUUCAUCAACCCGGAAGUGGAGGGAGUACAGUUGGUCGUCAUAUUCUUUGGAAAAACAAAAAACAAUUAAGAUGUGCCAUAGUAAAUGCAUCUUACCCAGUUACAACAGUAUGCGAGCACACGGUUAAAUUAAGAGAGUAUGAGGAAAAAGACAUGAAACAGUGUUUACCAGUACUUCUCCUCUUAGAGGACUGUGAGGAAGAAUAUAUAGAUGAUUUGAAGCAUUACUUAGGGGAAGCCAUGAGAAACAACACAAACAAUUCAAAGCCUAGCUUUAUACUUCUGAGUUGCAAUCGAUCAAAUGCACCGCUACGGCUUUGCACAAACUCUACACACGACACAGUUGCAAUCACACACAAACUAAACCCAGAGGAGAAACGGCUAUUCAAAGCGAAAGCAGAUGAGCUCUAUGAGUCUUUCUCGUCAGACCUCAUCAUUAGUUUUGUGUUAAUGAGUAAUGAAUUUGAAAAAAAAUACCUGAAGGAUUUUGUUGAGAAUGCAAUGCGGGAAAUUGACCACUCAUCCACAGAAACACGAUUACUCAGAUAUGUUGCCUUACUAAAUCAUUAUGUCCAUAAUUCAUAUAUUUCACUUUCACACUGUGAAGCCUUCCUUGGAAUUAAACCAUAUUUAGAGAAAGAGGAAGAUAAACUGAGUCAUUGUAAUUUUAUAAAUACUUUAAGUGACCCGGUAAAACUAAUGCUAAUUGAAUUAAGAGAAGAUACUUUUUGGACCUCCAACAUUCGUAUUUUGCACCCCUUAAUUGCGGAGGAACUGUUAGUCCAGUUAUCAAACAACUAUCCUCAGAGCAAAAUUGCAAUGGACCUUCUUAAGGAAGAAUCACUACUCCAUCACAAAUUUGGACGAGAAGAAUUUGUAACUUUUAUCAGACACUUGUUUUUAAGACGUCACAAAAAAAGCAGAGGUGACAAUGUAGACACGUUCUUUUCACCAUUUAUUGAACAUGUUUGUAAAAGGGAAAAGGCAGUAGAGAUGGCAAUUAAGCUCUUAGAAGCAGCUUACAUAAGAUUUGAUAAUGAUGCUUUUUUUGCACAACAACUAGCAAGAUUGCAUUAUAAAAAUGAGAGAUUUGAAGAUGCCAAAAAAUGGGCAGAAACCGCUAAAUCCCACUCUCCACAUGACUCAUUUAUAUUGGAUACCGAAGGCCAAGUAUAUAAAAAGUGGUUCAAUGUAAAUAAGGAGAAGUACUUAAAAGACAUAAAUUCUAUAGAUAUAACUAGUGUGAUAGAAAGGGGACUUAAAUCGAUGGAAUGUUUUAAAGCCGCACAAAAAGCUGCAAAAGCAGAGACUGACACCAUGAAUAAUGCAGGCUUUUUUGGUGAAAUAGAUGUAGGAUGCAGUUUGCUAUAUCUGCUUUCAAAAUUGGAUUUUUUUUCUCAAAAUGACGGGAAAAACACAGAACUUUUAAAAUAUCUUUUAACAAAAUUCACACCUGCUGAUCUAGAAACACCAUGGUCAAGGAUUCAUGGGAGAUUGAAAGGGUUAUACCAAAACAUUUACGAUGCCCUGGAAUGGCUUUCUGAUGAAAUGGGUUACUUUCAAAUAGAUAAAAUUGACGAUGGGGAGGCAGGUCCCCGGGGGGAGGAUAAGACCAAUAAUCCCAGAAAAUGGGUAAGUGACAAAACUAGAGAAUUUGCUAAUUAUUUCAACUCCCACCUUAUAAAAGGUAUAGAAAAUAGUUUAGUUAGAGAAAAACAAUUUGUUAAAAAGAUGAGCAUUUACCAACUGGGAGGAGGCAGCACAACAGCAAUACUUUUUCUACUGUCAGAUUCACAAAAAGAUGAAAAACAAGCAAGGCUUGAAGCUAUUCUACAAUGUUAUGGACCAAAUGUUUCCCAGGAAUCACUGGAUAACAUUGAUCUAAUAAAUUACAUAAUGUGUCAUAUUGCAUUAGGGAGUGUGAGCACUGAAUCUACAAAACUUUUACCGUUUCAAAAGCUGCGUGACAUGAGUAAGAGAUUUCUGAGAGAACGGGCACAAUUUCCUCCCAGUGCCUACCUAAUCAUUUUUAUGAUUUACUGGCCAGAUGACAAAUUUGAUGAAGAGCACAAUGACAACAUUUUAACUAGUGCAGUUAAAACUGCAAAGUAUUUACACGAACUACGAAUUAAAAAUGUUCCAGUAAGAAAAAAAAGGACAAAUGUGCUUUUUUUUCUGGGGAAAGGAUAUGGAUAUCAAAAAGUCAUACACAGAAGUACCAUUGAGAAGCUGAUUGAAGGGCCUUUAAAUGAGCGCUCAUUCAGGUGGGAUACUGACCCCAAAAACAUCAAAAUGCAGAAUCUGCUGCAAAAAGUAUCUGGUUGGACAGAAAAUGGAAAACUUUACACAAAGAGAAAGUGUUGCAAAGAGAAAAUUGAAGUUCUGCCUUUAAAUUUUGCAUCAAUGCCCAAUGGCAACGAGAAUGUCACAUUCUAUGUGGGAUUUACAUACAUUGGCUUUGUUGCUUAUAAUGUACAAGUAAGUGGGUAAAAUCCACAGGCUUUAUUUUUUUAUUUAAAAGAAGGAAGAUAGCAUGUAAUUGCACAUACCAAAUUGCGGGCACAUUGCCCUCACUCUACAUUUAAAUAACCAU